AUGAGCGAUCUCGACCGGACAUGUCGGAUUUGUCGAGGCGAGGCUACUACGUCACAGCCUCUCUUGCAUCCAUGUAAAUGUCGAGGUUCGAUUCGAUAUAUUCAUCAAGAUUGUUUGCUCGAAUGGCUCAAGCAUUCGAAUAAAACCACAAAAAAAUGUGAUAUUUGCAACACUCCUUACAAAUUCAAGACGAUUUAUGACCCUAGCAUGCCCCAAAGAAUCCCUACUACGUUUCUUUGGCAAAAACUUAUCCAAAAGACAUCCAGUGGUGCCAUCCGAGCCAUGUCGAUCCUCUUGUAUUUCGUGUGCGUAGUCAUUGAAAUCCCACUCUUUUGGAAGUUUCUGGCUCGAAUAUAUACGUGGGCAAUCGAUGGGACUUUACCUCAAUCAAAUCCAACCCUUAUAAAUGCAUUGCUUUUUGGUGAACUCAAUUUUCUGAAUUACAACCUCGAAAACUUGACGCCCAUGGCACUUUCAAUUUUCAAGUUUCGCAAGUUUAUGGAAUACACCUACUUCAGUGGCAUACGCUAUGUGUUCGUGUGUGUGGUGGUGUUUCUUGCGAUAUUUGUAGAACACGAAUGGAUUGUGCGUGAUGAAGGUUAUAACAAAAUGUUGGUCAAACGAAUUGGAAAAGAACCUCGUGCAAAGUUGGUAGAUAUGCUCCAACAAGCAUUACAAGGUUUGCGAACAGAUAGCGCCGAAGGGGACGAAAAUGCAAACGAAAACUUGCAGCGGUUGGAAAUGAUCGCUCGUGCUCUUCAUGAUAUACAAGAACAGCCCCAGUUGGGCCAACGAGGACAGUUGCUCAGAAGGGCCAUUGACGAAACAAAUGACCAACUAAGAGCAGAAAAUGCCCAUCCAGAACACAACGUGCAGCUCGAAGACACUGAUUCUGAGGGUGAACAAGAAGAUUUGAUUCCACCUCAAGAUAACGCUGACAUUUUAAAUGACAAUGCUGAUGACGCAGCUCUCGCAAACGAUGUCUUUGAGAUUUUCGGCCUCAACCUCAACCUAUCUGCCCCUAUAUUGGUGAUGGGAGUUUGCAAUGCAAUCAUCGUUUUAUUACUAUUUCUCUCCUACCUUAUUCCACAUCUUUUCGGCAUCCUUACUUUCUACUUGAUUUCAAGCAUAGUGAGAGCCGCUGAGACCAAAGCUUAUUACUUGACCAAGGCUUCAUCUUAUGUUCAAGAGCUUUCCUUUGUUAAAACCAUGGUUGCCACGGCUGAUCACUAUGCGAAAGAAAAUGAAUGGGUAAGGGUAGGUUUCGAAACCUUUAACUCUUCGAUUGUGGUCCCUCUAACCAACAAGUUUGAGCGCUUGAUCAUACUCCAGGAAUUUUCACACCCAACAUUAAUAGAAAGGACCACAUUCCUUGUCGUGGGUUACGCUUCAAUCUUUUUCAUCAUUUGCAAAUUCAUGAAUAGUAUGGCAAGCGGUGGUAAGCCAUUGGUAGGCGCCUCGAGGAAAGUUUAUAAGGUUCUUUUCGAAGUGACUACUACCGCCAAAGUUUUCCUUAUAUUUGCCAUUGAAAUGUUCUUUUUCCCUGUCUAUUGCGGCUGGCUUCUUGACAUUUGCAUAGCUCCGUUAUUCCUCGACUCAUUCAAGAGUAGUGAAGGACAAAUGUUGAACAUAUUAUUCACCUCAAGUCAGCCAGUACUUCAGACCCACUACAUUCGUCUUUUCAUAUUCUGGGCUUUGGGUACUUUGUAUAUGCUUUUCUUCGCCCUUUUUGUUGGAAUGGUAAGAAGCAAAAUUUUGAGACCUGGAGUUUUGUUCUUCAUUCGAUCCCCAGAUGAUCCUAAUACCCGGUUGAUCCAUGACGCAUUAGUGAAGCCAUUAUCGCUUCAAAUGUCUCGUAUUUUCCUAAGUGCAAAGGUUUACACUUGUUUCAUCAUUCUUGGUAUUGGCGGCAUAACUUGGGGCAUCAGAUUAUUUUUGGCCUACAUUUACAAGGUUGAUAAUAUAAUGCUUCCCUUGAAGUAUACGUCCGCCAACACGAUACUAGUGGCUGCUGUGGAUGCUGCCGAUAUCUAUUUCAGUAAGCGAACGUAUACCAAAUUUUGCUUGCAAUAUUGGAAACGAGUGUUUGACGUUUCUGCUCACAAGUUGCGUUUGUCACAUUUCAUUCUUGGUAGACCAGUCGCACAGGAAAGAGGUUAUGUUGCUUACAGAAACCUCUUUGUUAAAAUUAAAGGUACUGCCCAGCCAGAUUACUCGCGUCCUGUGACAUAUAGAGACGCACAAAUAAUUUUCAAAGAGCAAAAUGUUGAUGCGUUGUUUGUUCCUGACGGCAGUUAUGUGAGGGCUCCGGACAACGACACGAUAUCUCGGAAAUUUAUCAAAAAAAUGUUCGUGCCGGUGACUAAGGAUGAUAAGUUACUCAGAGAGAUUGAAGUUAAUAAUCCAGAAGAAGAAUUUAAUUCCGAUUCAUCAGAUGAAGAGGUGGUGAAUGACAAUACCCAUACAAUCGUUUACAGGCCACCUUAUUUCAAGCUUAGGUGUUUUGGCUUGGUGUUCUUCGUGUGGCUCUUCUCAGCGUUCUUGAUUAUAAGUGUUAUAUUCUCUUCGUUGAUCAUCGGGAAGCUAUUAACAGAAGCUAUAAGCAUUAAAACGUUUGCUUCUACGGUUUUGAAAAGUGAAGCGCCCAUAUUGAGCCACUUUAAUGCUGAUUUAUUGUCCAUCUUCCUUGGCUUGAAAAUGGAGCUUUUCUUGUUGAAGUUUUGGAAUAUCAGAAAAAACAAGAGAUUGCAUAUUGUCGAUGAGACAAAUGCAGAGCCAGUCGAGGCUGACCAGUUUGCAGACGCUGCUGAAAAUAACAAUGCCCUAUUCAUGGAUCUUAUGCCCUGGGUGGGUGGUGGAACAAUAUUCCCAUUGGCUGUGUAUUCAUUGUCAUCAUUUGUCUGGGCACUUUGGAUUGUCUCAGUUCACAAAUUGUGCAUUGACUUGGUCGCCAAGAGUUACGAUGGAAUCAUAGAUCCUUCGGAAAUUUAUCGAGAGCAAUUCACCGAUUUUCUCCUCACGAAGGAAACCAUAUUCUUCCACUUUCUUGCUGGAUUUGUCACCGUUGUACCGUUUGUUACCUGUUUCACUGUGGACUUGCGUAUCGGAAACUUGAACCGUCUUACAUGGUCCGAAUGCUUCAAGCGGUCAGGGUUGAGGGAUGUGUUGGUGAAUUUUAUUGAAUUACACGGAUCAGCUGUAUUCAUUAGAAUGCUCGCAACCUCGUUUCCUAAUACUUUCGGUGUUUUCAAUACCAUAAAGGUAUGGGCCGUACUGUUGGCAAUAUUCACAGCUGCUAAAGCGCUGGUCUUUUUGAGACAGUUUUACCAUUCGAUAUCCGACCAGGUUAGGAAUGAAAAAUAUGUUCGGGGAAGGGCUAUUAUCAAUGACAAUGAUGAUUAA